AUGUUCCUGCUAAAUAAUAUUCGUUCUCCAUUGUCAAGCACGAUUUCUAGAAUCCUGCCAAAAUGUGGUAGCUUGUAUGCAAACCAUUUGUCUAUCGACUCAAAAUCAUCUAUACCGCAAGCAUCUGCUAAAAGUGAUGAGGAAGAUACAGUUUACGAAGUUUAUGAUGAUCACUGGGAAGUAAACCCACCUAUUGAACAAGUUUAUGCAUCAUAUGAAGUACAGCCCACAGGACACCUACCGUUUUUACGCAUGAAAAGUCUUUUUAAUGUCCCCGAAUUAGUUGAAGUACUAAAACGUCAAAAUGUCCAGGAUAUUGUAUGUUUGAAUAUUGGUAGAAGUUUUGUUGCUCCUUAUAUGGUUAUCGGAAGUGGUUUAUCCAGAAGACAUAUUCAAAGUACUACAGCAUAUGUACAUAGAUUACUAAAGUAUAAACUGAAAGAUACGGAUAUACCUAUACCACUAUUUCGUGGAGUUGAUGGAUCCUGUGAAUGGAUAGCUGUUGAUAUGAGUACAAUUUUUCUCCAUCUAUUUAUGCCCUCUACUAGAUUAAAAUAUGAUUUAGAGUCUCUUUGGUCCGCUGGUCCACAGUAUGAUGAACAGUUGAUGAAUAAAGCUAAACUGGAGCUACCGAAUAAAUUCAACUGGGAGGAAUUACUUUCUGAAAUACAACAAGUAAAGCAAUCCUGA